ACAUAUUUGGAUGAAGAAGGCUCUUCCUGUCAAUUAAACAAAAUAUUCUUGUGUGACAUGAGAGGGAAUAAUGUUGUAGACAUCAAAGAGAGGUGUGAAGCAGUGUGGCAAUUAAAGCUGGAUACAUUGAAAGCAAUCCAAGAUUUUGGGGAAAAAAAAUGUAAGUUUUGAUAGACUCACUUAUACUACUGACUUAUAGAUUCUCAGAAUAAAAUGUGAUGUUUGUUAGUAUAACAGCCGAUGUGAUUGCAUUGAUUUAUUCACUAAUGAAUUGUGUUGCAAGUGAGUAAUUCUUGCAUAUUUUUCUAGUUGUUAAGCAGCUUUAUCAGUUUUUUUAAACUAUUAGCCAUGGACAGUUUUAGCACUAACAAUGGAAUCUGAAUACGUGUAAAAUAAAGCAUAAGCCAGGCACAAUUACCAAAACAAAGAUAGAUGUUUUUCGACUAAGGAAAUAUGUGGAUCAUUUUAAUCAACAGUUUUUAUUUCCUUUGUUGGCCCCAUUCAAGGCUUUUGAUAAAAUGUGACGGAGAAGCGUUCGAAUUUUAAUUCUCAAACAUUAUGAAACAACUUUAAUUCUCACAUUUAUGGAACUAUCUAAAUUAAAAUAUCUUGCAUGGUUUUAAUACAAUGAACCAGUAGCUUAGCUAAUGUUAGUGCAUCCCAGGACGGCACAAGAUUUUUUAAGCCCAAUAGUUGUUUGAAAAUGCCGCCCCUUUAUAUAAAGGCACAAUUGUAGCCUGGACAGAUUGCCCCUUAACACCCUUCCUAUGUCCCUUUCAUGAAAUGACUUUUUAAAAUAUUUAUAGCUUAAAUGUAAUUCCUUAAUAAUAAUAUAUUAUUCUUCCCCUAUACUUUUGACUGGAAUAUUUUAGACAACUAAAACCUUAUUGCGUUAUUCAUAUAUAUAUAUAUAUGGCGAUAUUUUUGUACAGAUGAAAAAAGUUUUGCCAAGACAAGAAAACAGAAGCAUGAAAUCUCAAAAUUUGGACCAGUCAAAGUUGAUGUGAAGAAGAAUAAAAUUACCAAAUCUGAUGUAAGAAUCAUUUCUGAUGCGUGACUGCAUAAUCUUUUAGGAAUAUAAAAAUUGAAUUAGAUCUUAAUUUAACUUUGCACAGCAUGUUCAUAGAUCAUUAAAAACUGCAUUUUUCCCCCAAGACCGACGCAAUUGUUAUUACAAUAACUGGAGGCCUGGAGUUGAGAAAGGGGAAAAUAGGCAAGGAUGUCCUGCAAUAUGGAGGAGCUUCGAUUCAAGAUGAGUUACGGAACAAGUAUGUUUUGUAAGGCAAUAAUUGAAGAAUUAAUAUAAAUUUGGGUUGAGGCUACAUGUAACUGAUAUUGAUUUUUCAUUUCAUUUUAAAAGAUUUUGAUAGGCCCAACAAUAAAAAUAAAACACUUUCCUAGCUCAUCUAGUAGCCUACUAGUCCUACCACAUUUUCUUUCCUCAAAAUAAUGUACACCCACGCCUUGAAACAUAAUAAACUUAUCUCCCUCCCAUAUUGCACAUUGCCGUCAUGAAGACUACUCUUCUUGGUCUUCACAUAACAGGUAUGCUUCAAGAAUUCAGUCUUGGGAAUUCGCUGAAACAAAAUCUGGCAACUUAAAAUGUAAGCUUAUCAUGCAUGCUUGCUUAUCCUGCUACCAUGGAAAAAAAACUGAGGUAAAGAUACAUAAAGAAUUUGUGAUUAAAUUUGUAAGAUAUCAUUCCUUUUCAUUUUAGAAUGUCAAAAUUAAUUUAUAAAUGCAUCAUUACAGAUUUAAGUUAAAGUUUGGCAGGUACAGCUGAUUUAGUGAUUGUUAUAUUUGGGCCAUGUGCAUUGCUUACUCCAAAUGCACUAAGUCAAUUAGUAUUUCAGGGAAUGGGAUUAUGCACUAAGUCAUUCAGGGAAGGGGACUAGACUUUUCCACUAUUGUGAAUGUGGCUUAAUGGUUAAGGGUUGUAUCAAAUGUGUGAGCAAGCAACAUUUAUGGCAGAUAUCUAUUUGUAUUCUUUACCAUCUGUCAUACAACAAGAACUUUGUAAAAAAAAAAAAAAAUCUCUUUUGAUAUUUACAAAUCCUUCUGAAUUGUUUACUUGAUUAAUAAUUUAUGUCGUAAAUUUUAAGCAUCACUGACGGUAAUAAGUUUGCAGCUUCAUCUGAGACUUUAAAAAAACAAAAUCAAUCCUAUUUUAAUCUAGAAGUUAUUUAUAAAAUCCCAGAAAACAUACUAAAAUUAUUUGAAAAGCUUAGUGGUUGGAGAGGCUGAGUCUUAAUUACAACUUAUGGCAUCUACAAAAUGUAUAUGGUGCAAUGAUGAGAGGGAUGAACAUUAUUUUGAAUAUGCAGUAGUGUCUGAUGAGUUGAAGCUAGCUGAUCAAGAAAACUUAAGUAACAUUUUGGCUUUUUUAAAAAAUUUUGUGGCAACUUAAUUUUUUCAAAAAAAAUUAUUGUAUGCGUUAAAAUAUGUGUUAUCAUAACCAACAACAAAAUAAUGAAACUGAUAUUCUAGACUGUUGAAAUUAUGUCUUACAUAUUUCUGAUGUAUGAUUUUUAAUACUUUUAUUUUUUUUUAUUCUUAUCAUGUUGGAAAUUAUUUCAACCUUACAAAUAUACAGAUUAACUCUUAACAUUAACAGUAUUCACGUUUUUUUAAGUUACUUUUUGAUGAGUUGCAAAUUACCCAUAAAUAAUAUAUAUAUUAAAAAAUAGUAUCUUGUUGAAACUAUACUAGCAGAUUUCUCAAAAAAAAAUAUUUUUCUAAUCCUACAGCUGGUUUGCUUAGUGUACAAACUACUGAAAAGAGCCAAUGAUCUUAACUUAAGGUCAAUCUCACUUCCUGCACUGGGUACUGGUGGC